CGAGGUGACCGCCUCAUCCGUUCGUUAAAUUUCUGACAUAAAUUCGUGUUGGUUGGUUGUUCAUGAUGCACGAAAAUGAGGCACAAACGGUGUCCGUUCCAAUCGAGGUUGCACAAGAAUAUGUAUCAAAGCUACUUGGGUUUGCACCUCUUCAACUUUCAGAUGAUUGUAAUCCUCCCGUUUUUUUGUGAUUAUUCAACAUUCUUUUUAGUGUACAAUGUGAUCAUUACUCAUUUGGGACAAAUGAUAGAUGAAUUCAGUGAGAAGUUAUUGGAUAAAUUUGGAUUAAAAUUUACAGCAGAGAAACUUCAAUCGCUCACUUACUACUUAAAAGAAAAACUUGAAGACCGUCUUGUAGACAUGUUUGAUUCUUUCGAUAUAUUUUUAGUCGGCAAAGUACUGUAUCUGAAUUCUUCAGUAGUUCUCAAAGAUGAUGAACUCCAGUUGGUUUACUCUGAAAAACGUGACAAAGCUAUUGAAAAUCGCAUUAUUACUUACACGAAUAGAAUUACAGUACUUAAAACAUGCCUAACAAAAAUUGAACAAGAAACAGCUAAAAUCAACUCAAUUGUAGACAAUAUAAAGAAUAUGAAGAAUCACAUCAAUCAAACUUUGGAAAAUGUUUAUGGUGUCAAGUCAGUCGAUGAAUUAUGCCUUUCAAUAUAUGAACGGAACAAUUCAAUAAAUCGAUUAUAUACUGCUCUAACUAAUGCAAAUGUAUCCAAUCCUAAUCUUCUAUCAAUUUGUUCACCUUUAAAGAAGAGAAGAAAACAUAACAGCAAAUGAUUUUUAGUUGAAAGAGAUAUGUAUUUACUGGACCAUAUGAUAUAUAUAUAUAUAU